AUGAGUUUUUUUACUACACCUACCACUACAACAACACCAUCGAUUAUUCCAAUAACAACAACAUCAGCACCAGGAGCAACAACAACAACAACUAAACCAUUAACACGUACAUAUCGUGAUUUUGAACGUUUAUUAACAAAAUGGCAAACUGAUUUUGAUACAAAACAUCGUUUAUCAUAUGAAAAUUUAUCACAAUCAGUUCGACAACGUGAUAUUGAUUUAUCAACAUAUCGUGAAACAUUACAAUUAAUACAACGUGAUAUAAAUCAUAUGCAAUUACAACAAAAUCAUUUACAAGAUGAAUUAAAAUUAUUAGGUACACAUGAAAAAGAAUUAGAAACAAAUAUAAUACGUUUAGAAAAUGAUAUUUUACAAUUACCACCAUUACAAAAUGAUGUUUAUUCAAUUCAACAACAAAAUUUAUAUUUAUAUCAAAAUUUACCAUUAACAUUUAAUGAACGUAUGAAAACUUUUCAAGUAAUGGAACAAUUAGAUUCAUUAGUUAAAUGUUCAACAAAAGAUUUACAAGAAAUUGUUGAUAAAAUGAAUGAACAAGAUGAUGAUAAUGAUACAGACUUGACAACAAAUCAAAAUCUUGAUGCAACACUUGUUAAUGAACAAAAUAUAAAACAAUUAACAAAAACACUAGAUUCAUGUUUUAAAAUGUUAGCUUUUAUUGAUACUAAUGUUACAGAUAUUGAAAAUAAAGUUACACAAACAACACAACGUUUACUUAAUUCAUAA